GAGAGAGAGAGGAGUAGAGAGUGCAUGUGUGUGUGUGUGUGUGCUGUUGAAGGAGACGCUGCUGGGUGUGAUGGCUCUUUUGCUUUAGUACUUGUGCGGACAGGACAGUUGGAGGCAGUUGUUUUGUGGGACUCGCAGGGAAUGGCAAACUCCACGGUAUCCUUGGAAACAUCCGACUAAAUGAUCAUGGCUGAGGCUAUCUGCUGCACUCUGGUGAACUGUAACUGUGACAGCUUCAAGCCUGGGAAGCUCAAGAGACGGCAGUGUGAAAACUGCAAGCAUGGAUGGGUCGCACACGCCCUGAGUAAGCUCAAGGUGCACCACAUGUACCAGAGCAGCCAGGUGGAGAUCGUGCACUCCAAUGUGGUGUUCGACAUCUGCAGCCUGAUGCUGUACGGCACCCAAGCCAUUCCCAUUCGCCUCAAGAUCCUCCUGGACCGCCUCUUCUCUGUCCUCAAGCAGGAGGAGGUCAUCCAGAUCCUCAACGCCCUCGACUGGACCCUGCAGGACUACAUACGAGGAUAUGUGCUCCAGGAUGUAGCGGGGAAGGUGUUGGACCGGUGGGCCAUCAUGACGUUUGAGGAGGAGAUAGCCACGCUACAGCAGUUUCUUCGUUUUGGUGAGACUAAGUCCAUAGUGGAACUGAUGGCACUGCAGGACAAGGAGGGACAGGCGGUGCUGGUCCCCAGUACCCGCACCAACUCGGACAUCCGCACCUUCAUUGAGCGCAACACCCCCCGCACCGUUGCCAACCUCUCUACAUCCAAAGUGGACAAGUUAAGUGGCAACAGCAUGCACCACUUUGAGAACUUUAUCAACAGCAUGGCGUUUAUGCUGCCAUUUCAGCUGUUAGGCUCUGUUCCUGCACCAUUUCUGGGCUCACCAACGGGGACACUGCAGCAGCAGCACCACCACCACCAGCAGCAUCAGCAGCACCAACAACAGCAAUGCCGUGGGUCAGUGGAGCAGCAAAGGCGAGAUGAUCAUGAGCAGGACAGUCUAAGGAGGGACAGCCCCCUCUCUCUUUCAAGACCUCCAGAGAGCAGCCUGCUAUGCUCCAGCUCUGUCUCAUUCACUGCUGAUUUAGACAGGUGUGAAGACAAGCCAAUGGACAGCCUCUCCACAACCACAAAGAUUGAGGCAGAGGACUUCUCCAUGAGUGAUAACUGCUCCGAUGGACCCUCCACACCAUGCACACCCUCCAUGAGUUCUGAUGUAACGCAGAUGUCGCCCGACGGCAAACUCCGCUCCUUUGACAGGAACGGGAGUGGCGGUGGAGGGAUCUCAGGUGGAGGAGCUGGAGGCUCUCUGAAGAAGGGCCGUGUAUUUUGCAAUGCCUGUGAGAAGACCUUCUAUGACAAAGGCACUCUGAAAAUCCACUACAAUGCAGUGCACCUGAAGAUCAAGCACAAGUGUACAAUCGACGGCUGCAACAUGGUGUUCAGCUCGCUCCGCAGUCGCAAUCGCCAUAGUGCCAACCCAAACCCGCGGCUACACAUGCCCAUGAACCGCAACAACAGGGACAAAGACCUGCGGGGCAGCAUAUCUGGUGAUGAGAACUCUGAAGGAGAAAAGAGGGAGUAUGGCACCCCAAUUCCUGUGUGUUCUGCAGAAAGCCAUAAAUCAGUAUCCAGCUACAUGGUGAGCCACAUCGAUGCUGGUUCUAAGCUCCACAGUAGCUCAUUCCCCAGUAUGGGCCAGAGUGGCAUCCUCUUUCCCAACUUGAAAACUGUACAGCCGGUCCUGCCUUUCUACCGCAGCCUUGUAACUCCAGCAGAGCUUGCCAACACCCCAGGAACACUACCCUCUCUUCCUCUGUUGUCCUCCUCUGUACCUGUCAAACCUGUCUCAGCCCCGGAACACUGCAUGACAGACCCAAUACCAAAGAAGAAGUCACGGAAGUCAAGCAUGCCCAUUAAAAUAGAGAAGGAAGAAGUGGAAAGAAUUGAGCAGAUAGAUAAGGGGAGCAGCUCUGAGGAUGAUGCUCCUGUACAGGGCAGGGACCGGGAUGAGUGUGACAGUAGACGAGCAGAAAGGCGCAUGUAUACCAGACCAGAUGGGGACGAGAGGGAGGUGAUGGGGGCUUACAAUGGCAAAGAGAAGGAGCAGGCCAGUCCCAAGCAUCUGUUAGACCAAACUGUAGAUAGAGACAUGAUAGAGAGGAACGGCAAAGAUGAUGGACCAAGGCAAAAUGAAACAGAGGUAAUGACUCGUUCCCCUUCCCCCUUUGAAAACAGACUGGUGGACAACCACUGUGACAAUAGUUUGCUCUAUCAGGAACCUAAUGGCAAUGAAGAAAGAGAAGACAGGGAGCAUGCAAACCCUUUACACUCAACGGACAAGCUUUCUGACCUGAAAUGGGAUGAGGGAGGCCACAGGCUGACAAACGGAGCCAGUCUCCAGCUGUUAGACCGUGACAAGGAGGGAUCUGAUGGAUGUGUCAACGACUACGGUGACUCAGGGUUGUCCCACCUCGAACCCAAUGCUGACCUGCCGCACCACUGUGAAAUCUGCAGUAAGACCUUUAAAGACCCCUACAGCGUCAAGAUGCACUACCAGAAUGUCCACCUGAAGGAGAUGCACAUGUGCACAGUGGACGGCUGCAAUGCUGCCUUCCCCUCCCGCAGGAGCCGAGACAGACACAGUGCAAAUAUGAACCUGCACCACAAGCUACUGACCAAAGAAUCAUUCAGCCCUGCCAGCACACUCUACUUACCCUCAUCCCACUGUAGAGACAGAGACUCUGUUGGUCUGGACUACAGCCAGGACCAGCGCGAUAGAGACCUGUCCCAUCGAGACCCAACCAGCCACACCUCUGUCAUCUUCCGAGGACACAACCGCAUGGGUCUGGUCUUCCCCAUGAGCAAAAUGUCUGCUGCAGCAGACAAUGCAAUGUCCUUAGGGGAGACAGAGGGAUUAGGGGGAGGAGCAGGAGAAGGUGGAGGAAGUGGGGAGGAUGGUGCAGUCCUGGACCUGAGCACCUCUUCCUCUGCUCCACCUCGUGGCAACGGCAGUGCCCGGUCUUCCUGGGACUCAGAUGGAGCAGGCAGCGAGGAAGGGGAAGGUGUUGAAGAAGGUGAGGAGGUGCUUCCCAUGGAGGACAGUGAUGAGAGCUGCGACGGGAUCGGUAUGGGCCGGUCGGGGGGCGAAGAGUUACCACUUGGGGGAGAGAGGACCCUUAGCAGUGUUGUGGGGGGACAAGUCGGGGUUCAGGGAGGUGGGGGUGGAUCUCCGAUCACCUGCCACAUCUGCCAAAAGGUCUACAGUAACAAAGGCACAUUCAGAGCCCAUUACAAGACUGUGCAUCUACGGCUGCUUCACAAGUGUAAAGUCCCAGGCUGUGAUACUUCAUUUUCCUCUGUGAGAAGCAGAAACAGGCACAGCCAGAACCCGAACCUCCACAGGAACCUAGCAGUUAGUUCGGGUGCCACAAUGGACCAGGAGUAGGAGGGUUUGAGAUGAGUUUCUUUGUUUCGAUUUGUCUUAUUGUUGUUGUUGUUGUUUUCUUUUUGGGCUCCUAAAAAGGGCUCGUUAAUUAGCACUUUUUAAAGUCCAUACUCGUCUGUUGUGAUGUUUUGUGAAAACAGAGAGAAAAUAGAGAAAGUACAAUCAGGAUUUCAUUCACAGCAAAAGGCAGUCUUCUUUUGGGAACAAUCAGCUUUUUCACCAAAACAACAAUUGAUUAAGAAUUACAUGCAUCUGUGUGUGUUUACAUAUCACCAUAUUGUACAAAGAAGAACUGAAAGAUACAUUUAUUUUCAGUGUACUGUAGUACUGAUCCCUCUGUGUUGUUUUUUGCCUUACAGCCCAGUUUGGUCCCUUAAAAAAACACAUUUUACUGUGCAGUCUAAGUGAGAGUUGAGUCAUGAAACUGUAUCAUGAGAGUGAUUUCCCUCUGGUGUUUUCAUUGUCAGACGUCCACAUUGUCCCUGUGAAGCUGUGCGUUAUGCAUAGACCAAACACGGUUGUGAAGUGACUUCUGCGCCGGGCGUUUCUUCAAAAAGAGUCUCUGUUAAAAAAAAAAAAAGCUAGAUUGUGUUGUGAACUUGACCAAUAAGUUGUUGUAUGGUGUUGAUCUGACCUGUCUUUCCUGUUCUGUUUGUUGCGUACUGCUAAUGUUACGAACCAAAGAUUUUUUCCAGACUACAGGUGUGUAUAGAACCCCCUUCAUAUUGUGUCAGGGGGUAUGCAGUAUUAAAAGGGCCCAACCGGUCUCCUCUCAUUGACUUUGUGAUUAACAGCAGUAUUCAUGGGGCUCUGUUGUAAAAAAUAAAUUAAAAAAAUAGAGUAAAAUCCACACAUAAAACAAACAACUGACUGAUCAGGGUGAAAGAAAUGUUGAGGAAAUGGAGAUUUCUGGUGUUUUGGUAAAGAAGAUUUGUUUGUGGGACCAGACUUGAUUAAGGCAUUGCUCUUGCAUUGUCUUUGUGGUUUCUUACAGUUUCCUGACUGACUGGACAAACAGCAGGAGUUCAUGCUGUUUACUGAGACAAAAGCAUGUGAAUAAGUCAGACACUGAGAAAAAAAUAAUAAUAACGGAGAGGAUGAAAAAAAAAUGCAAUUUUUGAUAAUGGCCUCACAUGGGAUCACACCCUAAAAAGAAAUGGUGAACAUAAUGUUUAUUAACCUGUAUAUUCUGUGAAUAGAGUAAUUUGUUAUUUGAAAGAAACCAAAAAUAUACUGUAUAAAAUAGGUAAAGUUCACCAUUGAUAUUAUACGUAUUUCCUUUUUGUUUUGUUUAAAAAAAAUGAAUUAAAUGAAAAAGAACAUUGUGUUGUACAUGUAUGAUUAUUUCACCAUGGUUUACUGUUCCGUUUUUUGCUCUGUAUUUUGCAUCAUUUCUGUUUCCAUUCUGUAUUUAAAUGCAGUGAGCCAGAAUUUAGAUCCUGUUUGUUCAUUGUUUGGAUUUGUUUUUUAAAAAAGAAAAGAAAAAAUGGGCAUAAAAGCAGCACAACCUGAUAGGUGUUCAUGUUUCCUUUGAUUUAAUGUUACAAUAUUCAUUCCAGUUAAAUAAAAAGCCAUAUGUUUGCAA